UUUAACUGGGCUACGGCCCAGUUAUCGAGCGCCCAGUUAAAAAGCAGCCCAGUUAAACAACGCCCAGUUACCGAACAACUACUGUAGUUUCGUAAGCUGGGAUUAAAAUUUCCUUUCCGUCGUGCCUAAUAUGAGCCAAUAAUUGGAGCUUGUUAUCAUAAAUCGAUGCGAUUUUGUUGCCCGAAAUUCGGUUGAUCGUUGGAAGUCAAAAACCAAAAUGAAAACGAAGUUAACCAAAGUAGGCUGUGUGUAAAGAAAAGAAAAACAGGAUCAAAACUCGGCAAGUUUGUGUGCAGCAGCAGCAGGUGCCAACUGCCCAGCAAUGUUGUCCGAUUCGGAGGAAUCCAUCCGGCUGGACCAGGAGAUUGCGAAUCGGCUGCAGAGCGAACAUCCGGAGCAGUAUGUCACCCUGGUCCGGAUGCACCUGUCCUUCGAGCUGGACCUGAACACGGACACCGAGAACGAUCCAACGAGCAUCGACAAGAUCAAAAACAAGAAAUGGAAAGGGUUCAACAAGAAGGCGAAAGGCUGCACUUCGACCAAGUCGACGUCACCGGAAGAGACCAAAACAAGUCUAACGAAGCAGAACAUCCGAGAUGUGAAGCAGCUGAUCAACUUCCUGGUGCAGGAACAAAAUAUAUCUCAGGAAGGUAUCUUCCGAAAAACCGGUUCUCUGAGUCGGCAAAACGAACUGAAGACCGCUCUAGUCCAGGGCAUUUCGAUAAGCCUUGAGAAGGGUGAUUUUACCGCGCACGAUUGUGCCAGCGUGCUAAAGAGCUUUCUGGCGGACUUGUCGGAGCCGCUGCUCACGGAGCUGUACUAUCCGGCGUACUGCCAGGUGGCCGAGUUCUGCCAUUCCAAAGAUUCGCUGGCGGUUCGCGAAGAUCGGCUGCUGAACGCGAUUCAGCUGCUGUUUUUGCUGCUUCCGAAGGAGAACAACAUUCUGUUGAAAUACCUGAUUGAAAUGUUGUACAAAACCAUCCAGCACGAGACCACCAACAAAAUGUCCGCGGACAACUUGGCGACGCUGUUCACGCCCCAUCUCAUCUGUCCGCGGAAGCUCUCACCCGAGGCGUUGCAUGCGACCGCCCAGCAAAUGUGCGGCAUCAUCAGCUUCAUGAUCAAAACCGGCUCGCGGCUGUUCCACAUCCCGCCGAAGCUGGCCACCGACAUCCGGGCGUUCUUCGUGGAUCGAAAGCGCCGCCAAACCAUGUCGCCCGAGCACAUCCUGAACGAAUCGAUCACGUCGGACUCGGUGGCCAACACGGUGUACACGUUCGUCGAUCGCAAAAAGACGGCCGAGGCGCACAAGGCGAACUCGACGGAAACGGAGCUGGCCCAGCUGUACGCCCACAUCCAGAAGCUGCCGGAGUCGUCGCGGAAGAAAAAACUCAUCAAACAUUUCAACCGGCAAAACGGGCAGGGAACGCCGCUGCAGGUGCUGAUGCUGCGCGAGAAAAACUCCGGGUCGGCAGCCAAGGGUUCGAAAUCCAUUGGGGACUCCAUCAAGCGGCACAUUUUCCACAAAAGUCUGAUGUCCAAGACCCCGAAGCGGAACAGUCACACGCCGGUGGGCUUUCAGACCCCCAACGGAACCAUCUCCAGCGUUCCCAAGCAACGGGUGCUGUUCCAGAGUCCACUGUCGUCGUCGUCAUCGGCCGGAUCGAGCUCGUCGCCGAUGCCGGGCGGAAAGCGGUGCUCCACGACAUCGACCACUUCUUCGUCUUCUUCGGACAGCGGCGGCGAUUCCGGAUUGCGACCGGCCAUGCGGAGAAGCGCCAGCAGUGUUUCGGCAGGGUCGUACCGCUGUGAGACGACGCGCCGGACGGUCGAAUUUGCCGAAGCCAUCGGUGAAGAGGAGGCGGUAGGUGGUGCAAAGAGGUGCCGACUGGAGGACGAAGAGCAGCACGAGGAUGACGAGGAUGUGCUUGAGCCGGUUGAUGACGAAGAUUUCGUUGAACAGGAUGACGACGAUAUUGGGGAGGAGCUGCCGGGCGAGACGCUGAGCGACACCGAAGAAGACCGGUUCUGUAGCCCGGCGGCCUCGGCGGAGACCGGUCUCAGCGACAGUCGGUCCAAGUUCAAGUCGGAGCCCAAUCUGAGCACGAUCGUGCACGAGCAAACGCGCAAAGAAAAGAAGAUCUCCUUCCUGAAGAACAAACUGAUCAAGGGCGUUUCGAUGGGGAACCUGCGGCUUCCGUUUGGCGCCGAAAGUCGCUCGGCAAAAAAGACCUGCUCGUCCGCGUCUUCGCUGCUCAAGUGUUGCUUCGAGGAUAGCUUCAAGGAUGUCGUCGGCGGGAAGAAGCCGUCAAUCGCGUCGAUAGCGUCCCCCGAUUGUCGGUUGAUUGCGGCGACAUCGUCUUCGUCGUUGUACGGCGUUGUGCAAAAGUCGGAAGACUUUGACCAGAUUAAUCAGAUGAUGAACGAAAAUCUGGACACCAACUGGAACGUGGGCUAUCUCACCAGCACGCCGGCCAUCAGCGGCCGGGACUCAAUGUCCCCGAUCACCAAGUCGACCCAGCGGAUGCCCAAAUCGAUGCAGGAAUCGAUUAUGACGCCCCGGUCUCGCAAACCGGUCAUGUUGCUGGCCGGCAUGAACGCCCUCGAUCAGCACGCGACCUCGUACGCGCUCAGUCAGAGCAGCUUUUCCAGCUUGCGCGAGGAGGACGAAGAGGACUUCGCGGCCGCCGAAGGGGCCACCGUCAAUCCCACGUGCCACUCUCAAGCCGCCGCACCGGUUGCGGCCGCCUCGUCUUCCGAAUCAUCUUCCACGACCAAGACCGGCCAGGGAACCGACGAAGAGGCCAGCUCGCUAACGAGCACGUUUAGAGAGUACCUGCUCAGCCGAAGCGUCAUGACGGACAGCCCGGCAGAUCUUUCCUUCUCCAGCCAGCCGGACGACUUCGACUCGAGCGGAGCCGACCGGAUCGAGGACCUGAACGAGUCCAAGAUGAGCGAAAGUUUGCUGUUUUGCCUGGACGGAAAUCGACCCCCGACGGAAGAUGACGACGACUCCCAGGUUACGCUGGUCAACGGCCGGAACGAGCAGGUGGGACUGCCCACGACCGAACUGGACGAAACCUCCCUCUGAAUAUUGGGGCGGUGAAGAAUUUCAACCGGAAAUUG